AGGAGACCAUGCAGCGUUAGGCGUUGUCAAAACCCGCAGAAUAUUUCCGGUUUCAACAUCCACCGUGAAAGAAAGAAGAAGAAAUUUCUACUCGCAAGUUAACAUGCAUGACCUGGUUAAAUAUGUUUUCUUUUCUGCGACUGUACAAGUUGGUAAGUAAUAGAAUAAAGAUCGAGAAUGAAAGACUUACUGUAUAAAUAUGUAAAGGACGGACAUGUAACUCUCGCACUGUGAAGAGAAUUUCAAGAUUAUUAUAGCUCCGCAUUUCAAUAAAAAAACCUAGAUGGUCGCGACCAUGAAGGUUGCACCAUAUUACCUUUUUUUCAAUUCUCCAAAUGCACAAGGUAAAGUGUAAGCCUUCAUCACUUAAUUAAUCUACAUCGAAGGACUGUUUUUUUUCUUCAUCGGUUUUAAGCGCUGAAGCCGGCCUAGAACAAUCUCUACCGACUUGAAGGAACAGUUAAAUGAUAGCUUCACUUUAUGUUUCUCAUGCCACUUAACAUUGAAGUCAAGGCCUGUUAAAAACCCAUAAAUACAUGUUUAAUGGAGAUACCGUGGGGAUUGAAGAGUCUACCACAGAGAUUAACAGCAUGUCGUCGAAACAAUAGUUUGUAAGGCAUUUAAUAACUGUCCUUCUAUAAUACGUCUUGGUCAAUUAAUCGAUAUGGCUUAAGGUAUGAUUUCAACAGCUAAAUAGUAAUGAUGCCCAUGUGGAAGACCUUUGCUGAGGUCGAUACUCUUUAAUCAUAAUUACGGAACAAGUUUUUAUCUCGGAUGCAAAACUGAGGGUGAUACUGAUGCAGAUUAUCCAGGCUCACGACCGUUAUUUUCACACCAGCACCAGAUAUGACCUUACUCACUGUCUCUUACAAGAUCUCAUCUUUCAAAAAUUCAAGAUAACAUAGGGAUAUUAAAGUCAAUUCCACUUUUUGUAUAUUGAUGCAUAGAUGCGAUGAAAUAAAAAUUUAUUUACGCUUCAGCCAAAUUUGCAUGUUAGUUUUAAACUGUCCAUAUUAACCUGAAUACUCUAAAAACUGUCACAACGAAGGCAGGUGGCCGUUUUCAUAACUUCACUAAAUGAGCGAGAUAUGUGUAUUCACCUUACUGGUCAGUAUAGAUUUACCUUGAUCAGGUAAUGAGAAUCUAACCUUACGUAAAAGGAGAUAUAUACUAUGAUACUUGAAGAAUCCAUGACGGAAUUCUGUUCAUAGUCUUCUCCUUUUCUGUUUUUUGUCUUGGAAAUAUUUUCUAGGUCUCGACGUUUUCAUAUUUGAGGAUCAAAUUGCUCACUGAGUUUUUUAAAAUUAUUAUUUUAGGUUUAUCUUUGACAUGUUAUACAUGUUAUUCUUCCUCGAACUGGACUCAAUGUGAUGCAAGUCGAACAAAAUACGUUUGUGAGCCAUGGUUAGAUGUUUGCGCCAAGACAAGGUCAACAUUCGACAUCCGUGGAAAAAGGUUUGAUGUUUAUGAGCGAGGAUGUUUUGUAGCAGAUUUUUGUAACACAGUGGCUUGCAAGUACAUUGGCCAAGCCGAAAACUGUGAUAUCACUUGCUGCGACUACGAUUUAUGUAACGCUACUGCCUUGCUAACAUCAACUAAGGUUUUCGUUGUAAUUUCUGUGAUUUUCUCUUUGUUCGGGUACGUUUAA